AUGGCCGCCGCGCUGCCGAUCCACAAUGUGAGCUCUGGGCAGGCACGGGCGGAAGAGGUUUUGCGGGAUGCAGAGGAGGCCUUGCCUGUGCUCUUCCCGGUCCAAGCACCUCGCGAUGUUUUGGGAGGCUUGUGGAGUGGCAUCAAAUGCGUCCUCGGUGGAGUGCUGGUGGGACUUGCUGGCUUGAUCGCUCAACCGAUUGAGGGAGCCCGCGAGGAGGGUGUGGUCGGUUGUUUUCGCGGUGUGGGCCUGGGCCUGCUUGCGGGGCUUUUCUUCGCGAUCACCGGGCUUUGCACUGGUGUCUUCCAAACGCUGCGAGGCGUGGCGGCGACGCCGCGAGCCAUUUGCAUGGCCGGGCGCGGCUGGCAUUGGGACGCUCAGAACGGCACCUGGACAGAGCCCAAGGCUUACUCACUUCUGGAGGAGGCCGAAGAGGUACUCGUGGAUGGUGAGCCCGAGCCGAGCGAGACAGCCGAACGGAACGAUCGCACGCGACCCACACGUGUGGCAGACACCUUCUACUACGACCAGCUUGGCGUGGCGACCGAUGCCUUGCAGCAAGAAAUCCGACGGGCCUACAUCCAGAGAUCGAGGCAGUGUCAUCCAGACAAGACGUCAGAGGAGAAUGCCAAGGAGCGCUUCCAGAGCAUCUCCGAAGCGUAUCAGGUGCUUUCCGACAAGCAGAGGCGUCGAAACUACGACCUGCAUGGCAGAGACGGCAAGGGGGAAGGCUUCAUCGACGCCAAGGUGUUCUUUGACGUCUUGCUGGGAGCCGAUGCUUUGGCACCCUAUGUCGGUCGCCUCAGGAUCACAGAGGUGCUGGGUCAGGACGGCUUGGGACCUUGGGAUGGCCGUAGGCCAGAGCCACGCGGCCUCUACGCCUUCCUGGACUGUGAGGGCCAUGAGCAGUGGAGCAGCUUCCGGCGCCAGCUGGCCGAGGAGCCGGCAGCUGCAGAGGCGACUGGAAGCCGUCUCCUCACAGAGCACUUCCCAGGUCUGGAGGCCAUGGAGGCCACGGCGCGGCGCUUCGUCCAGGCACUUUCCGAGCCGCAUCUCUCCCCACAAAACGUGGAGGACUGCCUCUACGGAGUGGUGGCUGCUCUCCACGUUCGCGGCCGUGUGCUCCAUGCCUCAGGUGCCCUGCACGCCGCCUUGGCCGACUGGGACCUGGCCCUCCGCCUCCUGGGCAAGGAGCUUGGCCUGGACUUCCUGGAGUCCACACACUGGCCCCUGCGCUCUGGAGAGCUCCUGGAAGAGAUGAGGACAAAGCAGGGAGCACGAGGGAGAUCGCGACAGCGGCAGUGGCAAAGGAGACCGCUUCGGCCACGUGCGGCUGGACAAGGGCCCUGGGCUCUCGAUCCGCUCCAAAGCUUGGAUCGGUCCCUCUGGGCACGGCUCAGGCCCGCGCCGCACGCAAGCCGGGGAGCGGGCCAGGGGGCGGCCGAGGCCGAGGCCGGCGUGCCGCAGGCACAGGCUUCGCAGGCGCUGGAGGUCCUGGUCUAUGGCUACCAUCCGGUUCUCAUCGAGCCCAUCUCGGCGCUCCUGCAGUUUCAGGACUACGCGGACCGACUUCGGCUGAAGUGGUACGGCAUCAGCGAACGAGACUGCAGCUUUUUCGCGCCGCUCUGCGAAGCCGACACGCGCAGGGAAGCGAGGAAGCCGGUCCCUGCCGGCCUCCGCUGGAAAGUCUACGAGAGCUCCUUGGAUGAGGAGGAGGUCUUGGCGGCUUAUGACAGGUUUUGGGAAUCCGAAAAAACGAGAGCAGAUCUGGUUCUUGCCAUGGAACUCCGGGACGCCUACUUUCUUUGGCGAGUAUCUGAAGCUGCAACGAUCUACUACGCAGCGCUCAUCUUCUUGCAGGACGAGGCGAUGAGCGACUACGCCGCAGAAGUCUAUUUGCGGCAAUUCGAUGCGUUCCGAGAAAAUGACGUGCUCAAGCACCUCAAGCUUGAGGGCCAGGGCGGCCAGGGCGGCCAGGGCGGCCAGGGGCUGGGCCCCAACUCGGCGCCCACCGCAAUGGUGGCGCAGUCGCCCUACAUUGCCGCCAGCAUCCAGUAUCACACCAACCAGACGCUUCCUUGCGUCCGGCCUUUGGCUCUCUACGUCGGAGACAACGGCUAUGCCCCAAACCGCUCCGGCGUCUCGCUGCUGGUGCUCUGUGCCAGGACGCGGCUGAUGAUGUCGCACGCCUGCCGCGGACUUUUCCGGGAAGGUCGUCGCCUGCUGUCCCGGACAGGGCCUCGGUUGUUUUUGCCCUCCGGGGACCGCGACGUGGUACACGGCUUGACCUUCGCAGAAGUGGCCACCUUCCAUGCUGCUGUGCUGAUUCCCUGGAACAUUGCCAUCACCACCUUCUCAGAAUUCUACGCCCUGCAUUUGCCCAUCUUUGUCCCGGAUCCACUCUGGCUGGCAAGGCUUUGGCCGAAGCAGAUGACGAGCUAUGCCAAGUCUCAUCCAAAUUUACACCGACAACUGCGACCCAACCACAAGCAUCCAACGCCAUAUCCGUCCCUCGAUUCGCUGGCGACGGAUUUCUGGAUCAUGCUGUACUGGGCUGAGAACUAUGGAGGCAUCUACGAGAUGCCUGGGGUCCAACAGUUCGCCUCCAUCCCCGAGCUCCUCUUUUCCUUGAAGCAGAAGAUUUCGGAGAAUCCGCUCUUUUUCGAGAUGCUGUCGCGGGAGAUGCAAGCAGAAACUCAACGUGCCCGUGAGGAGGUUCUCGUCUUCUGGCGUGAUCUCGCUGGUGUCCUCACCGCCUCAGAGCUCUUCAGCGGCUCAGGAGAGGAUCAGAGCGUCUCGCAGCAGACCCAGACUCGACGCGAAGUGAAGCUGGCCAUAAGCCUGGCCUCGCGGCUGGAUGCCAUGCAUGGCCCUCAAGCACUUCAGGAGGCAAAAGAUGAAGCGUCAGGAAUCCUGCAGCGCGACCCGAGCCUGGCACGAUUUUUGACGGAGAUCGGUUGGGUCUACGCGAACCGCGCCGACGUGUACCUCGCAUCUUCGGGAUCCCUCCUGGGCUCUUGGAGUGUCUCGGCGCUCAGCUCUCGAGCUUCUGGCCACGGGCACCAGGCAUCGCAGCAGAUGCGCACCGCCAAGCUCGCGGCCCAUUCCUUCGUGAAGCUCCGAAGGAUCGUGAAGGAGGCGGAUGAGAAAGAAGGCGGCACCACGAGCGCGAGCACCGACGGGGAGGAGCUGCCCGAGUCCUUGAGCAGCGCGUUGCCCACCUUCAUGGAGCUCCUCGGGCCGUAA